AAAAAAUAAAAAUAAAAAACGACGCAGUACCGCCAAUGACCACCAGAUGUCCUUCCUUUCCAGCUGUGAUAGCAUACAGAUGCAAUGUGGCAGCAGAGGUAACCCCCCCAGGACCAACUUCAAACCAUCUCCCCCAGUUCACACAGAAGCUUCUGCUCAGCGAGUAGGUGACAACGCUCCUCGCCUCCUCCUCACCAUGACCAUCAACAAUCUGCAGCAGGGGAAGAACUACAAAGUCCAGAUGUCAUGUCUGACCAAGAUGGAGCGCCUCAUUGUGGCCAUGCAAGACCCGGAUGUUGGCAUCAAAAUGAGAAACCAGCGCUUGCUGAUCACUGUUAUCCCGCACGCCAUGACCGGUAAUGAUGUGGUGGAAUGGCUCAUACAGAAGUUGUCCAUCAGUGAUGAAGAAGCGUUGCAUCUUGGAAAUUUGCUUGUCAAAUACGGUUACAUAUAUCCCCUAAAGGAUCCCAGGAAUCUCGUUCUUAGAGCGGAUGACUCCCCCUACCGAUUUCAGACUCCGUAUUUUUGGACCACCAAUAAGUGGCCUGCCACCGAGCUGGACUAUGCAAUAUAUCUCGCAAAGAAGAAUAUCAGGAAACAAGGAGACCUGGUGGAGUAUGAGAAGGAUAAUUAUAAUCAACUGCACAAGCGAAUCAAUCACACGUGGGACUUCGUGGUGAUGCAAGCGAGAGAACAGAUAAGGGCCGCCAAGCAGCGCCGUAAAGGAGACCGUAUUGUGAUUGAGUGCCAGGAGCAGGCGUAUUGGUUGGUGAGCAAACCAUCGCCAGGAUGCCUAAAUGUGAUGGAACGCGGUCCGGAGAGAGGAAACUGCUGUACGGGCAGAAUGCCGCUGGGAAGGAAUGCAGAUUAUUACAAAAGAGAGCUAGAGUACCUAACAAAAGCCAUGGCGCGUACCAGAGUGAAGUCCUCCAUCUGUCUUGAAGGGUUUCUUAAGUUCAGCGAGCAAUAUCUCCCGCACGAUCCCAUUAUGUCUGGCUGCCUUCCCAGUAACCCAUGGAUCACCGAUGAUGUCAUGUACUGGACAAAUAACGCUCCCAUGGUCCCAAUGCCGACCAAACUACGAGUGGAACGCUGGACUUUUAAUUUCAUGGAGCUCUUGAAUGACCAGCGGGGCCGGAAGGAGUUUUUACAGUUCCUGGAGAAGGAAUUUAGUGCUGAAAAUCUGUGUUUCUGGGAAGCAGUUGAGGAAUUACGGUACGGGGAGCAGUCAAAAAUGGCAUCUACGGUGCAGUCCGUCUAUGAGCAUUUUUUGGCCCCCGGAGCAACUCGCUGGGUCAACAUUGACAGCAAGACAAUGGAGAAGACAUUAGAAGGUAUAAAGAACCCCCAUCGUUAUGUGUUAGAUGAUGCCCAAAUGCAUAUCUACAUGUUGAUGAAAAAGGAUUCAUAUCCCCGAUACUUGAAGUCAGAAAUGUACAAAAGUCUCCUCGGCCAAGCGUUUAUCCCUCCUGAGACAAAGAAAGGUGUGUUCCCCUUCAUGAGAAGACAACGUCACUCCAGCCCCAGUCCGGCUUUCCUCUUUCCACCAGGAGAUCAAGACCCAAGAUCAGACGGAGACAGCAAGUCCGGCUCUCCAGCCGCCAUGUCACAGCUGUCCCCGCUAAGCAGUCCCUUGGCUAAGUCACCUGGAAACCUCUUGCCUGCUUGUCCUGAAGAGACUCCGCCCUGUUCCCUGCACGGUGCCUCUCGCCUGGAAGCCUCUCCCACCUUCCCAUCUCCCAGCACCAAUAGCUCUGAGAGGAAUGAAAUCCCUCUGGAAUGCCAAAUAUACAUUGUAGAUAAAGUCUUCACGGCCCACCCAGAGCCCCGGAUACCCCAGACGGACGCGGACACAGAAAGUUUAGAAUCUUCUACCGUAUUUUGAUGGGAAAGGCCGCAUUGGCGCUCUUGACUAUCUCUCGUCUUACAGAAUCACUCGGCACAUGGUGGAUGUUGGUGUAUUAUUAUUAUUAUUAUUACCUGUGUGAAGGCUCCUUAAUAUCUGGAUCCAAAUGGGAAUGGAGUCGAAUGUAAACAUUCUUGGUCUCAGAUCUUGGACCACCAAGCUGGCGUAGGGAGUCUUGAGGGCCAUGCAAUGCUCCCUGGGAAAAAUGUAUGCAAAGUAGUUCUCC